UCAAUUCCUCUAUUUCUUUCAGACUGGGAUGGCUACACACUCGGCCGUUGUUGUUUCAGUAACGUUGGUGUUCGUACUUCUAGCAGACUGUCGUCUCCUUGACCUGAAUAGUAUCGACGCGGGGAAGAUGAGGUUAUCAGAGAAGCAGAACAACUUAGAGGUGGGGGAAGAGGAAGAAGGUCCUCUUCUGAGGAGAGAAUUGAAAAGCCCACCGGAAGGCAAACCUCACGGAACGCAGAGCGGAACAGGCGGUGAUACAACUGGCCAAGCAGGAAACACAGUUUUUAAGCGGUCCGUUGGAAGUGUCACUGCGGUCAUAGGAGCGCCCAAGGCGGGAUAGUGACAGGAACAGUUGGACUAUAAAAGA